CUCCAACUUUGUUUACCUUUUUCUGUAAAAAAUGUAAACUCAAUUGCUCAUGAUAUCAAGCUCAUUUUUGUUUUGUUUCGUUACUAUUGUAGCCACCGCUGAUCUAUUAUUGUGUGCCUUAAACUGCAGUACCAUGAUUUUGACAAAAGAUGGAAAUGGAUGAGGCACAUCGUAAAAUUAAAACAUUGAUUGCAUCCCUGCUCCGAAGUGGAUAUGAAGUCCUUGUUUUGGUUACACAUGUGAAGGAAGACACAUUCAUUUACGAGGGCACCCAAGGGCCAAGAAUUUCUCAAGGAAACACCACAGCUUCUCAAAUUUCCUGACUUCUGCAGAGGCUCAGCAAAACAAGUUUCCUUGUCACAAGAGGUUACCAUAGGGAAUUCUGUGACAUCAGAACAAACACCACUAAAAAGAGGGAAGACUGUUGUUGGUGCUGGUGUCCCGAUGAUUAAAUUAAAAUUAAAACUUGGAAGCUCCAAGGAUGCAAAAGGUAAGAAGAUUAGAUGGACGGCUCAAACUUGCAAGGAAAAGGACAGUUCUCAAGUCAAAGUUGAUACAGAUUUGUAUAAUGAUGCUGUAAACUGCUUUAAAAGUGACUUACCUGUAAGCAAUGAUUCUGACAACCACUUAAGUGACUUAGACAAUGAAACUUAUAUGGAUGACCUUUCUGAAGUGGAAACUCCAAGCUUGGGCAAUAGUUCAAAUGAGAUAACCAGUAAUGUUAGUUCACUAGUUAAAAAUGCAAAUAUAAAAGGUGAUACGCCCCCUGAUUCAAAAGGCUGCACUAGCAUGAGAAAAUGCUUGAGAAAAUGCUAUGUGUCUUUGUUGAAAAUGUCUCAUGACCAAGAAGUUACAGACAGUGUGAAAAAAAGCAAAACGCCAAAGCUUGAUGUUAGGAAAAUAAUGGACUCAAAGGGUAAGCUAGAUAAAGAUAAUAAUGAUGAGAAUAGCUGUGUGAAAAAAGAGUCAAAUAAAGAUGUAAAUGAUGAUGAUGAUGAUGAUGAUGAUGAUGAUGAUGUUGAAAGGAGGUCAAAUACUGAUGUAAAUGGUCAGGACACAAAUAUUGUAGUUAAGCAGGGUAAAAAAAAACUUCAAGGAAAGAAGAGACUUGUUGCUAUUGAAAUGCCUGUUUACAAACAAGGACUUAGGAAGAAAGUUUUACUUACAGAUUAUGGCAAUGAACAUGAAGAUGUUGAAACUGUCGUCUUCCAAUUGCCCAGUAUGGUGAAAAAGCAGAAACAACUGUUAAAUGAAAUGGACAUUGCAGAAAGGGAAAAGAAUUUGAAACAUACAUCAUUGUUGACAAAUAUAAACACUGCAAAAGAGAAAAUGGCAGAUGCUACAGAUUUGUCAGAAAAGUCUGAGCUUGAUGCAUGUGAAAGAAAUUAUCAAUUGGAGGAGAAGUUUGGAAAACUUGAUAAAAAUGUGAUAUUUAAAAGAAAAUGUAUCGAAGAAAAUGGAAAGACGUUGAUUGACUUUCUUGAGGACAACUUAAAUAGCAAUAAAUCUGUUGGCGAGAACAAGGUUAAGAGUUUAAAUGGUGAAAAUAUUGAAGGUUUUGCAUCUGAAAUAGUGUCAUUUUAUAAAGAAUAUAAUGGUUUUCUGUGUGAAAGCAAACAAGCAUUUGAUGUUUGUCCUUGUUGCAACAUGGAUCUGAAGUCAAAAGAAGAGGCAUUUUGCCUGAACCACUUUCAACCACACAUGGCAAAAUUAAAACAACCUGUAGAAGUUUGUAAACGAUGUCAUAUCACUCUGCCAUCAAGGUGGCUUGCACUUCACUGUUGUAUCUGUGACAUCCCUCGUCUAACAAAUAAGGUUAAUUAUUGGGUCAGAGAUAUCAGAGACGAAGUAGCAGCUUUCACUAUGAAGCUUUGUUUUGGCAAAGAUGACAAGGAGAAGGACACAGCGACUUGUGUUGAAUGUGAGGAACAAUUCCAUAAUACAUUUUCACUCAAAUACCACUUUUUGCAAAACCAUAUCUUUGUGUAUAGGCAUCUUGGAGAUUGUGGGAUGGAAUUUACGAAUAUUGCUGACUUUGCCAAACACAUUAAUCCGGCAUUAGUGGAUAAUGACAGUAAAACACGGUGUUUUAUUUGCCAAUAUUCAUUUAUCUCCAGUUACAAUCUGGAACAGCAUGUCCUGGAGAAACACCCUUCUAUUUCUGAAGGCAAGUGUGAAAAGUGUGGGUCAUGGUUUCAAUGUAAAGUUCACUUACAGGAACAUUACUGUGGUAAACAAGUGUGGCUAAAUGAAAAGAAACUCAAAGCUUGCCAAAGUCUUCAAUGUCAGAUGGAUAAUUGCGGCCUAUGGUUUCAGAGUACAAAGUUGCUUGUAUCGCAUAAUUGGGACGCUCAUGGACUUAAAGCAGAACUUUGCAACAUAUGUGGCAGUUCUUUUAUUGAUCGAAGAAGUUUGAAAAUCCACAUGGACUAUAACCAUGUCCAGCCUGUGACGCAUCCAUGUUAUAUUUGCGGCCAGAUGUAUUGUGGAAGAUCCGCAAUGAGUGACCAUCUAAGGACCCAUAAGAAGCAUUUACGAUGGACAUGUGACAAAUGUGGUGCGGAAUUUAAGAACAGAACUAGCUUUUUCUAUCAUGGAGUGAAAAAGCACCCAAAAGGUGGAAUCCGUAAAGUAUUCACAUGUCACUUCUGUUCUGAAUCAUAUUACAACAAAGAUAGUUAUAAACAACACAUACUGGCAAAUAAUCAUGUUACUGAUGAACAGCCAUUACCAGAUAUUAAAACCUGUGAUCAUUGUGGUAAGAUAUUUGGGUCAGCCAUGGCUAGAACUAGACACAUUAAUCGACAGCAUUCAGAAAAGAAAGUGCAUUGUAGUGUGUGUGAAAAAGAGUUUUCAUGUAAAAGCAACCUCCGACAGCACAUGUGGACGCACACUGGUCAAAGGCCUCGUUGCGAAGAUUGUGCAAUAUAUUUUCGAAGCCACAGAAAGCUUGUGGAGCAUACUGCUGAAAAACACAAUGUUCAUAUGGAGUUUAAAGAGAGGGAUAAAAAAAUAAGAAAGGAACAAAACAAGUCUCAAUUGAUCAAAUGAUGUGGAUCUUCAUCAGUAAAGUACAUGUGAUAGUUACCCAGGCUACUAAACUGGAAUAAAUAUGGCAUAUAAUUAUACUGCCCAGACUUUAAGACAAUACAAGUCAGGCUUGAGGAACAUACAUGCUAGAUUGAAAGAGGUUUAAAGCCCAUAUAGCCCCAAUUGGCAUACUAUAUGGCCUUCAAUGAAAGACCAUACGUACAACCCAGAUUUUUACAUCGAUAUUGAAAGCAUGGUCCACCGAUCUGGGUUUGAUUGGAUUCACCAAUCUAACCUGUAUUAUCCUUCAAUCCUGGCUUUCUUCAGUCUUCUUGAUAAUUGACAAUAAAAGUAAAAUCACUGUCAUGCUUAAAAAAUCAUUGUGAUAUAUUUUUAGCUCACCUGAGCACAAAGUGCUCAACGUGAGCUAUUGUGAUAGGGUGAUUGUCCGUCGUCUGUCAUCCCCAUCCAACGUCAACAUUUUCCUUCAAACAACUUCUCCUCCUAAAUAACUGAGGCAAUUUAAGCAAACUUCACCGGAAUGUACCUUGGGUGGUUUUCUUCUAGAUUCCAUCAAUAAAAGUGGUUCCAUGCAGAACUCUGGUUGCCAUGGCAACUGACAGAAAAAACUUUGAAAAUCUUCUCUUUAGAAAUUAUUGGCCCGAUUUCAAAAUAAUUUUACAGAUGUUCCUACGAUGACCCUCUGUCAAUUUCUUUCUCCACAUGUUGAUUCAUAAAAAACAUGCUUGCCAGGGGCGGUGCUAGUUACUAAUUUUUGCCUAUAUGGAAUAAAUUGAAAUUCUUCUCUUCAGAAACCAUGAACCUGAUUUUAAAAUUAUUUUACAGAAAUGUUCCUUAGGUGACCACCACAUAUCAAAUUCCUUCACCCCAUUGUGAUUCAUAAAAAACAUGGCUACCAGGGCUAUAUUUCCUUAUACAAUGUUUAUAUGUGUGAUGGAAAACUUCUCUUCAGAAAAUAUUUUCACAGACAUGUUCCUGAUGUUACCAUUUUAUCGAAAUAAUUUUUAUUUUUCAUAAUUUCUUUACUGUUUUUCAAAUAAUGAAGCUAUCAACUGCAAACUUCAUGAACUUAUUCACAGUUACAAAAUGCUCUUUAGUGACCAGUUAUAGAACUCCAACUUAAAUAUUGUAAGAGUUAUUGCCCUUUGUAACAUUUUAAACAAAUACAUAUUUUUCAUGUUUUUAUAAGCCCGUUUAAAGAACAAAAUAUAUUAUAGUUUCACCUGCGGCGUACGGGUGGGAGGUGUCCAGUAUGUUGUCUGAUCAAUAACUCAAGAGCCCUUGGUCCAAUAAGGUGAGCGAUAUAGGGUCAUCUUGGCCCUCUUGUUUUUAUCACCUACAUUAUUUAACGAGAAAGUUUUUGUUAUUAGUUAAUAAAAGAUGAAAUUAUUUAAUAUAUCAUAUAAAUUCUUGAAAGGA